AUGCAGCACCAGAGAACCCACACUGGGGAGCGGCCCUACAGUUGCAAAGAGUGCAGGAAGAGCUUCAGGUUCAGCUCCACACUCACCAAACACCGGAGAACUCACACAGGAGACAGGCUGUGCAAACGCACCCAGGGCAGGAAGAGCUUGAGAGAUGCCUCCUUCCCCAUGGAACACCAGAGAAUCCACACCAGGGAGUUGCUCUUCACAUGUGCUGACUGUGGGAAGAGGUUCACCAGCAGAUCAAUGUUCAUGCAGCACCAGAGAACCCACACUGGGGAUAUGCCCUACAGGUGCAACGAGUGUAGGAAAGAGUUCGCUGACAGAUCACACUUUACUAAUCACCAGAGAAUCCACACAGGAGAGAGACCCUACCUGUGUGCCGACUGCAGCAAGAGCUUCAAUCACAGCUUCACUCUCCUGAAACAUAGCAGAAUUCACACAGGGAAGAGACCCUUCAUAUGGAGGAAGGGCUUCAGCCAGAGCUCAACGCUUAUUCAGCAUUGCAGAAUGCACACAGGAGAGAGACCCUUCACUUGCAGAGUGUGCAAGAAAAGCUUCAGUCAGAGCUCGAACCUUGCUGCACAUCAGAAAAUCCACACUGGGGAGAGACCCUUCCAAUGAGCUGAGUGUGGGAUAGGCUUCAGUGGGAGCUCAACACUUACUCAGCAUCUGAGAAUGCACACGGGAGAGAGACCCUACGCCUGCAGAGUGUGCAAGAAGAGCUUCAGUCAGCGCUUACAUCUCGCUGCACAUCAGAGAAUCCAUACGGGGGAGAGACCCUUCCCAUGCGCUGAGUGUGGAAAAAGGUUCACCAACAGAUCAACAUUCAGUCAGCACCAGAGAAUCCAUACUGGAGAGAGGCCCUACCACUGUGAAGAGUGUGGGAAAAGCUUCAGAUUCAGCUCAACACUCACCAAACACCUGAGAACCCACAUAAGGGACAGGACGUACAAACACACUGUGGGUGGGACAAGUUUUCCGCUCGCCCCGCAGGCUCCGCCCAGGAAGCGUCCUUUGCCCUCCCCGGUGCCCAGGCAGGAAGCUGCAAUCUGGGGGGUGAGUGGGGAGCUCUGCCCGGCUGAAGCGCCGCCUCUCUCCGGGAGGAGAGCCCGGGGCUGGAGGCUGCAACCCCUGCCCGCGUUUUUCUUGCAGGUACCGUUGGCAUUUUAUGCUGUGGUUGUGCUGUCCAAAGACCUAGCAGGGCUUUAUGGCAAAGGGCUGAUGGAACUCAACAGGGAUGACAUGCAGGAGAACUACCAGAAUCUCAUCUCACUAGGUUUUCCAAUUCCUAAAUGUGGCAUGGCCUCCCAAAUGGAACAAGGCAAAGAACUAUCUGACCCAGGUCACCAGGCUCUCAAGGAAACGGAGCUCUUGACAUACACCCACACAGGAGAUCACAGUGGACAGGAGGAGAUUCCUCAGCAGGAAGAUUCUGCAAGCAUGGAACUGCAGCGGGUGUUUUCAGUGAGAUCCGGAGGAGACAUAUCCCAUGGUCCGGACCUGGGAAAAGCCCAUGUGAGUCAGCACAACUCAGCAAUGCUACAGAGAGAGGACCCUUCAGAGAGGAAACAAACUGAAUCCACUCAUGGUGAACAAGACCUCCAGGAGCAAGGAGAGGACAUUGUCCCCCGACGAACACCCCGAUCAGAGAGACCAACCAUAUGUUCUGAAUGCGGGAAGGGCUUCAGUCGAAGCAUACACCUGAUCCAGCAUCAGAGAAUGCACACGGGGGAGAGACCCUUCAAAUGCACGGAGUGCGGGAAAGGCUUCAGCCAGAGCUCACACCUUAUUCAGCACCGGAGAAUCCACACGGGCCAGAAGCCCUACACAUGUCACGAGUGUGGGAAGAGCUUCAGCCAGAGCUCCAACCUUAUUAAACAUCAGAGGAUCCACACAGGGCACAAGCCCUAUGUAUGCACUGAGUGCGGGAAGAUCUUCAGUGACAGCUCCACAUGUAUAAAACACCAGAGAAUGCACACGGGAGAGAAGCCAUACAAAUGUCCCGAGUGUGGCAAAAAUUUUAGCCAGCGCUCACACCUCAUCCAGCACCAGAGGAUCCACAACGGCGUCAAGCCCUAUACGUGCAUGGAGUGUGGGAAGAGCUUUGGCCAGAGCUCCGAUCUGAUCAACCACAGCAGGACCCACACCGGGGAGAAACCCUACAAAUGCACUGAGUGUGGGAAGUGCUUCAGUGGGAACUCCAAUCUGAUCAAACACCAGCGGAUCCACACGGGAGAGAAUCCCUACCACUGUGCUCAGUGCGGGAAGUGCUUCCGCUUCCAGCCACAGCUAGUGCGGCACCAGAAACACCAUGCACAAUUCCUCAACGCGCUUACCCAGCAUCAGAGAACCCACAUGGAGGAGAGACCUUACAAAUGUGCUGAGUGUGGGAAGAGCUUCCUCCGGAGUCCCGACCUCGUUCUGCAUCGGAGAACCUACACAGGAGAGAGACCCUACAGAUGCAUGGAGUGUGGGAAGAGCUUCAGUGUCCACUCCAACCUUAUUAACUACCAGAGAAUCCAUGUGGGGGAGAGACCCUAUAGCUGUACAGAGUGUGGGAAGAGCUUUGGCCGGAGUGCAGACCUUAUUAAACAUCAGAGGAGCCACGCUGGGGAGAGGCCCUAUAAAUGCACUCAGUGCAGGAAGAGCUUCAACCAGGGCUCAGACCUGGAACAUCAGCAGAUCCACACAGAAGAGAAGCCCUAUCAGUGUGCUGAGUGUAGGAAAUGUUUCCGGCAGAGCUCGGACCUGGUCAAACACCGGAGGACUCACACGGGAGAGAAGCCCUAUAAAUGUACCCAGUGCGGGAAAGGGUUCGUCAUCAUCUUCAUCCUCACCACCCACCAGCGAGUGCACACCGGAGAGGGACCCUACCAAUGCCCCAGCUACAGGAGAAGCAUCAGAGAGCACUCUGGACUGAUUGGCCACCGGGCAGAGAAGUCCUACCAGUGUGCUGAGUGCUGGAAAACCUUUGCUCAGACCUCGACCCUGGUUAGACACCAGAUCACCCACACGGGACAGAGACCUUACAAAUGUCCGGACUGUGGGAAGGGCUUCAGCCGCAGCUUCAACCUCCUCCAGCACCACAGGACCCACGCAGGGGAGAGACUCUACCGCUGCACCAGCUGCGGGAAGAGCUUCGGGAUGAGCUCGCACCUCAUCAAGCAUUGGAGAACCCAUACUGGAGGGAGACCCUACCAGUGUGCUGACUGCGGGCAGUGCUUCGUCGAGUGCUCCAACCUCCACAGUCACCAGAGGAGCCACGCCGGGGAGGAGCCCUACAGCUGUGCCGAGGGUGGGAAGGGAUUCAGUCGGAAUGCCACCCUUCACAGCCACCAGAGCAUCCACCGGGGAGAGAAACCUUCCCAGUGCACCCAAUGCGGGGAGAGCUUCCGAUACCAGCCACAGUUCAGACAGCACCAGAGACUGCAACCGGCUGCUGGGCACAGAGCCUUGCAGGACUGGGGGUGGGGCAGUGCUGGGCAGUGGAGUAAGGGUGUGUGUGAAAAGGAGAUGAACUAGUCAGGAAUCAAUGAGCUGGCAAGAACCAGAACAGGAAGGAAUCAGGCAAUGGGAGGAGUGAUCAUCUGGAGGCUGUGGGGAGGGAUGAGAUUAAAUGGAGUCACAUGGUGCAGCUGAGAUCUGUAGACCCAGAUUUCCCAAAAUUACCUUGGAUUUUGAGUGCCCAGCUCAAGACACCCAGAAGAUGAUUUUCAGAAGUACCAGACCCUAGCAACUGCAAGGCAAUGGGAGCUGCAGGAGUUCAGCACCUCUGAAAUUCAGACACUGGGUGUCACAGCGAAACCUGCAAUUUCAGAGCAGGGGAAGGAGAGUGAUGUAGAAUACAUGAUGCACACCGAAAGAUUAUCCAACUCUCAGGAAUGGUUACAGCUGUAACAGAGUGAGUUUAGGUCCCUACUGGAGUAGGGUGACGAAGCCCAGCGUUGGAUGAACAUGAGAUGCAGAAUUACUCCUUCAUGUUGGCAGGGCAGGAGGAGAGGAGGUCUGUUCAAAAGGAUAGAAGAGUUUUGUG